GUGUUCUUCGAUAAUCGCUUAUCAUCUGACGGUUUAUGGACGGCGUGGACCAGAUAUUAUGAUAGCACGUUGUCAGGGUUGGUUCUACAACAUCUAAGCCAAAGUGUUCUGUGGAAACUGUCACUGCGUGAGCUCCGAACCGAGCCGUGAGAGAUAAGAGAAGAAGUUUGCCAGAUACAGGUGCGAUCUCUCUCUAACUCCAGCUAAUGAUCACAGACACGGAUCUGGACGGCCGGAUUCCAGUAGAUCAUAUCAGAUCUAGCGCAAGAUGAAGUCUGCCGGAGCUGGUGAUGAAGGACUCUUUACGGAGAGCUACUGUAACAUCUGCAAUGCUCAGCUGAUCUCCGAGUCCCAGCGUGUGGCACACUAUGAGAGCAAGAAACACGCCAACAAAGUACGUCUGUUCUACAUGCUCCACCCAGAAGAUGGAGGUCCACCAUCCAAAAGACUGAGACCAGACAAUCCGGACAGCGCAGAGAAUGAGGUGGACAGAAACAAAUGCUGUACGCUCUGCAACAUGUUCUUCACAUCUGCCAUCGUGGCUCAGUCGCACUACCAGGGCAAAACGCACGCUAAAAGAGUUCGCUUGGUGCUGGGGGAAACGCCAAGUCUGCCAGCCUCCACAGAUUCAGCCCCGCCCACUCCUCUGACCACAGACCCGCCCCCUCCCUCGUGGCAGCCGCUGGCCAAUCAUGGUGAGGCAGGCAAGUACUGCUGCUUGUGUGGCGCCUGGUUCAACAACCCACUGAUGGCACAGCAACACUACGAAGGCAAGAAGCAUAAGAGAAAUGCGGCACGGGCGCGAUUACUGGAGCAGCUGGCUGGCAGUCUGGAUGCGAAUGAAAGCACAGGUGAGUCUUCAACUGCCUGA